AUGGUUUCAGAGCCAAUAUGGAAGCGUCGCCAGCCGCCUCCCCACCAGGACCAUCGCGAGCAAACACCCGUCACAAUCUCACCGUCCACUCCGCGCGCUCAGGAAACGAUCGUGGUGCCCGACACCCCGCUAGGCUCCUCCGAACCAGAUUUUGCGCACCGAUCUCGCGCCAGCCGGCGUCGUGGCAAAUCGGGUUCACGAGCCUCGUCAACCGUGGUCAGUCCCGAUCGUCUUGCCGUCCGUUCGCCCGCCAAGCGGCCCACGAUCGGCCACUCGCCCCUUCGCACCAAACGAGCGGCUGCGACUCGGCCGAUUGAGGCAGAGCACGACUCGAUAGAAAGCGACGGCGACGAAGUGGCCCCACACACGUUGCCCACGAGCAAUGGCGUGCAUCCAAAGCGGACUUCCUCUGGUGCUUCCACUCACGUCCAGGCAAACACGCGUGCUGAGGCACCGCCCGUGCAUGUCAUACAUCUGGACGAGGAAGAGGCAGAGGAAAAGCAAGCGAUGCUUCAGUCCCGGCACCGACCCAAAUCAAACCGCCUUUUUUCGUCUAUCGGGGACACGGCACGCGUCAGAACCUCACAGCAACUCGAGCAGCCACCGCGCACUCGAGCCCCCCUUGCUGCGUCGUCCGAUGUCACAACGCAUGUUCAAUCCUCACCUGCGGUCCUCUGGACGCGGUCGUCCGCGCCGACGCUUCAUAAACAGGCACGUGAGCGGCCAUCGUUGCCUGCUCGGUUUCAACGUCGCUCGAGCCCACCACCACCCUCGUCCUCCCAGCCCAAGCUGCAGUUUGCCUCCUCCAAGCCCGCUUCCUCCAAGCCCGCUCGUGCCGGUCCGCUCUUGAUGCAAAGCACGCGCCAAGCACAGCACGCAUCAAGUUGGCCCCAAGUGGAGGGCAGAGCCGCCAGCGCAGUCGAUGAUGGUCACAAUCUAACCUCCCAUGCCCCACCCUCCUUCGACGAGGAUGCCAUAUUAAGCUCACCUCUGCGCUACAGCGUUCCGGCUCAUGCCCGGCCUCAGGAGCGGCAAGCUCCAGACAGUAGCAUCGAGGCGUUGAUGCAGAAAACCACCCGACAGCAUGGCCAGCAAUCCAGCGGCAAGAAGGGUGGGCCCAGUGGCGGAAGCCGCAGCGCCCGUGGGCGAACUGGUUCGGGUGGCAAGGGUCGCCGAGGUCGUGGCUCCUGGCGUGGCAGGAGUGGUCGCCGCAAGUCGCAAAAGUAA